AUGUCGCAACCACAGCCACAAAUUCCAGAAGUUGGCGAUGAAUUCCCAACAGUAGAAAGCUUUAAAGAAGCAGCGCAGGAAGGUGCCAAGGCAGCAGGUUUUGCUUUUAGCGUAUCAUCAUCAAAAGUAUCCGGUGGUGGAAAGGGUGGUCACACUCCUUAUAUUAUAUUGCAAUGCACAAUGGGGGGUAAAUAUAGAAAUAACCAUAACAUCACUGAAGAAACUCGAAAAAGAAAGAAGUCCACAAAGCGUCAAAAUUGCUCUGUCAUGUUACGAGCUGUCUUAAAUGAGAAUACUGAAGUUUGGGUAAUAAAAUCUUCCAAAACUGAGCAUAAUCAUGAACUACUUCUUCCAUCCCAAGUUCAUUGCCUUCCUCAACAUCGGAGCCUCAGUACAGAACAAAAAGAGUUGGUUCAUAUUAUGCUUAAGAGUGGCGCAUCAACUCAGUCAAUUGCUGAUGCAAUACACUGGAAGAACGGCACUAUAUAUACAAAAGAUAUAAUGAAUGAACGUGAUCAAAUAAAAAAUGCUUUAAAUGAGGGUACAAAUCGUGAUACUACAGUGCGCUUUCUACAAAUGUUGGAUGAACGUCAGUAUAUAGUUCGUCAUGUAUUAACAAAAGAUGGCCACAUGUUAAACUUAUUUUUUACACAUAAUGAAGCAGCACGUCAGGUAGCAAUAUGCCCAGAGGUGCUUAUGGUUGAUGCAACGUAUAAGACCAACAUAUAUAAGCUUCCUCUUAUAAAUGCUGUAGGUGUCAGUAAUGUCGGUGACUCCAAAGCUCUUAAUACAUAUACUAUUGCAAUGGCAUGGGUAUCAAAUGAGCAAGAACCCACAUACGAAUGGUUUUUAUUUACUUUAAAAGAGACGAUCUAUGAUCUUUUUUCUUGUUCUCCAGAGGUAUUUAUUUCAGAUAGAGCCUUAGCUCUUCGAAAGGCAGCAGACAAGGUUUUCCCGGAAGCAAAAAAAAUGAUAUGCAUAUGGCAUAUGCUUGCGCAAAACUUACGAACUGCGUGUAGAAAAUUCUUUAACUCUGAUGAAGAUUACAAUGAACUUCUAUUAUCGAUCCAAAAAGUUGCUUAUGCUGAGAAAAUGAAUGAGGUUGAAAAGGCAUUUAAUGAGGUUAAUAAAGCAGCAAUGAAAAGUAGAGACCCAAAAUAUAUUCAAACUUAUUUUGAGGAAUGGAAAAAUGAUGCCGAAUGUUGGAUGCAUGUAUUUACUAAAAAUUAUCCGCAUAUGGGGAUCCAGUCGACACAGCGAGCAGAAGGAAGUCAUAGUGCUUUAAAAAAAGCAAUCGAGGCAGCAAGUGGUUUGGAACAAGUCUUUUUACAUAUUGACCGUGCCUUCCGUCAGCGCCAGCUACGAACAAAUGGAACCUUUGGUUUGAACAUAAUUUCUGCUGAUCCAUUUAUACGUAAUAAUAUGAGAUUUGAGUUGUUGCUUGGAAAAAUUUCUAAAUGGGCAAUCGAUAAAAUCAAAAAUGAAGUAUGUGAAAUAGGAGAGAAUAAAAAUACAGAUAAUAGCCCUUGUGAUUGUAGCUUAAGAUUAAAUUAUAAAUUACCAUGCCGUCACAUAAUUCCACAGACAGGACCUAUUCCACUUGCUCUUGUGCAUUCUCGUUGGCAUUUGAAACAUGAUACAAUACCCUUGUUACCACCAUCACUAUCAACUGACUUUACUAUUACUAAGAUUUUAUAUAAGCUCGAAGAAAAAUAUGAAAAUCUAAAUGAUAGUGGGUCAAAGGCCACGUUUUUGCAUAAGAUCGAGGCACUAGCUAGUGAAGAAAUUGUUAUUCCAAAGGCACCGUUGCCUAAUGCACCUAAAAAGAAACAUCCAACAUCUACUAAGCGAGACCCUCUUCUCAAAACAAAACUUAUGAAAAGUCCACAACAUACGCAACAACCUUUAUUUUAUGAUCAAAUACCUGCUUAUAUGCAUGAAUAUAUAAAAGAAGUGAUUAAUGUAGACGGAGAUGGCAAUUGCGGGUAUAGAGCAGUAGCCAUGUGUUUAGGAAGAAACAAAGAUGAGUGGCCAGAGAUAAGAAAGGAAUUAUUGAAUGAAUUAAAUGAAAAGGAGCAAUUUUACCGAAUGUUAUUUCUAGCUAAUGAUGAUUAUGAUAUGAUUGUAAAGGAGAUUUCUUGGGAGAGUGGUCCUUGUACAUUCGAACACUGGAUGAGAAUGCCACAAAUAGGCGAUGUUAUAGCAAAUACCUACCAAAGACCGUUAUACUUUUUCUCAUUACAAAUAAGCCUUACAUUUCUUCCAUAUCACCAUCCCUUGAACCGAAACGAAGCUCUUGCAAUGGCUUUUGUUAAUGAAAAUCAUUACGUGGCACUAGUAUUGAGACCUGGUACACCUGUUCCACCAAUUGUUAAUCGAUGGUCCCAAUUUGCCACUUUAGCUGCAAUACGCUGGAAGUUAUUGAUCCAAGAUCGUAUUACUCAAUUUCUUUCAAUAAGCGGUUCGACUAGCAAAACUGAUCAAGAAAAAAUAAUUAUACAUUAG